AUUGAUAAAGGAAGAAGAAUAACAGACUCAGCUGUUCGUCUGAAAACGGCAUCUGGACAGCGUCUUCAGGAUUCUGGUGUCUGGUGCGAUGGAAAGACCGACAAGACAAAAUCGCGUGUGCCGUGAGGAAUGGGCCUGCCUGUAUCGGCCCCGCGAGCCCACUGCGUGGUGCCUGCCACCUUCCUGCUGUUCUCGCGCCAGGAGCAAAUUGGGCCGCAUCUCGACCGAGUGCAGCGAGAGGAACGGAACCAAGACGACGAGCUGAUACCCUUCAAGGAUGUGGGCGAUGCGCACGCCCUAAACGUGUGGCGGAGCGGUGCAUCUACUGGACUGACCAGCAACAUCUACUGGUCCGAUACGGAGGCUCGUCUCAUCGAGGUCGCCCGCCUGGAUGGCACCAGUCGGCGGAGCGACUGGAGCACCGGGGACAUUGAUCAAUACGGGCCAGAGCCGCAGCCUCGCCAAGGACGUGCCCUGCAUCCCGCCAGCGACUGCCCGAAUUUACCCCUGCCGGUGUCCAGCAAGAAUAUCCGAGCCCAGGUGAAGCUCUCUCUCCUAUUCAGAUGUCUCUUCUCGACAGAUGUCGGCAGCCAUCGGGCUAUUAUUCGGGCCUGAGUCGAUGGAACAACAUUGCCGCCUAGGGGGAUUUGUGUACUGGCUGGACGACAAGACCGGACUGGAGAGGAUCACUGUCAACGGAGAGCGUCGUUCCGUAGAGCUGCAGCGACUGUCGCAGUUCACCGGCAUCCGGGCCGUGUGGACACCGGAUGCGAAAGUGCUGCGCGGUCGCCCAAAUUGUUUCCACAUCUGCCUAGCCAGCGGGGUGUGACACGCAGUAAUCACGACGUCUGCUCGUGCCCCAAACAAAGAAUCGAGCACUAAUGGCUCCAUCGAAUAAAUUAAAUAAGGCAGGAAGCACGCCGUCAAGCACUCCCUUUUAAAAAUGCAAUAGAGAACCUACUGGAUAUUGCAUUUGAGGUGCAAUGCGACCGAGCUGCGGAUGAAGAUGGCGCGAAAAGACUCUGGAAGAGUGGGCCAGGUUACCACUACCACAAUUCCUUCUACAAGGACCACAGCGUCCCCAACGAAUGAAGGACAAGUAGCUCAGUAUGCCGAAAGCGGAAGGGGAUGAUUCGCCCGAUGAGUUUCAGCAUGAAUAGUAUAAGUACCACCAAAUGUAUGCCACAAUUUUGGCUAAUUCUCGACCCAUUGAUCAAACAGCAGUCAAGUUUUUAGCGGAGUAUAGUCCGGUCAAACAGAUGCUCGAGAGGCAUCGGGAUCCGUGUACCCAUACCCAGCCGCGAUGAAACUGAGGAGCUGAGUUAAAAGUUGAGCUGGCCAACGCUGGAGUGCGUGCGGGCGUUGGGCGCUGCGUCGCCACUGCAAAUUGAUUUGUUCCUUUUGUUUAUAAUAAU